AUGGAGGAUGCUUGUCCCUUUGCCUGUCACUGCAUCGAGCUGCAGUCCACGGGGAUGGACACUCUGUCCCCUUCAGAGAAGGCACUCACCGGGGGGAGCUCCGACCUCAUGGACUUCUAUGCCACAAACUACCCCGUGGCUCAUGGCCAGCCAGGCUUCUGUCCCCAGCUUGGCCACCACACAGGCACUGGCUACGUGACCGACAACCACUCAGCCAUGUCCUGCCUGCUGCGCCCACACAGUGAAGCAGAGGGCCACUGCCAGGAUGCCAUGGCCACCACUGCUGAGCACUUCAAGCCCCUCUGGCUUCCCAAUGGCAGGAGCAUCCUGCCCUGCCACAUCCACGAGCCACAGAGUGGGUACCUGCAGGAGUGCCCCCCUUCCCGCCUCCGUGCGGGGAUGGUGAGUCCCCAGCACAUGAGGCUCCAGCAGAGACGGCCCAGACUAAGGGAGAACCGCUGCACCGAUCCUCUCCAGCCAGAUACCCUGCAGAAGGUCACCCUUGGCACCAAGGAGCCAUCAGGCUUCACCAAAGGCACCAAGAGGACCGACUCCUUCCUGCCACCUCUGCCAAUCCAGCAGGGCCAGCCCCUCGGCGUCAGCCUCACCACAAGGGAUUGCCUGCCCUCUGUGCGCAGCCAUGGCAAUGAGACGCUCCCAACACUGCCACCAGGCUCCAAGCGAGGCAGCGGCUUCACCCGGGAGGGACGGAGCUGCCUGGGCAGGGUGGUCUUGCCCACGCUGGGACACUCAGCAUCCCUCGUCUCCCGAGGGCUGGAGGCAACCCGAGAGACCCAGGCCAGGCUGCUGGGCCGGCAGGCUGCUGGCAGGAUGAUGGGUGCGUGGUCCCAUCCCUAUCCCCAUCCUCAUCCCCAUCCUCAUCCCAUGGGAACACGUUCCCAACUUGCCUCCAUCCCACAGGAACCAUCAGGGUACACCACUAACUAUGGCCAAUACGUGACCAGCUGCCUAACCCCAUCCCCUGCAGCUCCAGCCUGGGAUGCAACCUGGAUAGCGAGACCCAUUGGUGGAAUCCAGCCCCAGCAUCCCAGCGGCUUCAGCACCAACAACCACCCCACAGGGCUGGGGGACGUCAUUGACCACCUCCUGGUGUGAUGCCCCCCGUUGCCCCAUCUUUAGGAGUAACCCCAGCUUCAUUGUUGAUCCCCAAAUCCCUGGAAGUUCCCUUUCUUCCCACGUGGAGGAAUAAAGACUGCAAAGCAA